GGAAGGCGGUGCGGGCGGCUUUCACUUUCCCUUCCCGGUGCCCUCUCUUUGCUCCUCGCGCCGCAGAAGGGCCCCCUCCCCAGCCAUGAUCACGCUCAGGGUCCAGCCUGAUGCCCAAGCCAAGGUGGAUAUGUUCCGGGAAGACUUGUGUACCAAGACAGAAAACCUGCUUGGGAGCUAUUUCCCCAAGAAGAUUUCUGACUUGGAUGCGUUUUUAAAGGAGCCAGCUCUCAAUGAAGCCAACCUGAGCCAACUCAAGGCUCCAUUGGACAUCCCAGUGCCUGAUCCAGUCAAGGAGAAGGAGAAGGAGGAGCGGAGGAAACAGCAGGAGAAGGAAGAUAAGGACGAAAAGAAGAAAGGGGAAGAUGAAGAUAAAGGUCCUCCCUGUGGCCCAGUGAACUGCAAUGAGAAGAUCGUGGGGCUCUUGGAGCUCCUGAAGCCAGAGAUCAAAGAUGUCAUUGAACAGCUCAACCUGGUCACCACCUGGUUGCAACUCCAGAUCCCUCGGAUUGAGGAUGGCAACAACUUUGGAGUCGCUGUUCAGGAAAAGGUGUUUGAGCUGAUGACCAGCCUUCACACCAAGCUGGAAGGCUUCCACACCCAGAUCUCCAAGUAUUUCUCUGAGCGGGGCGAUGCAGUGGCCAAAGCAGCUAAGCAGCCCCAUGUGGGUGACUACCGGCAGCUGGUGCACGAGCUGGACGAAGCAGAGUACCGGGAUAUCCGACUGAUGGUCAUGGAAAUCCGGAAUGCUUAUGCUGUGCUGUAUGAUAUCAUCCUGAAGAACUUCGAAAAGCUCAAGAAGCCGAGGGGAGAGACGAAGGGAAUGAUCUAUUGAGACCUCUGCUCUCGCUCUCAUUCUGUGAUGGGCAUGGCAGAGACUCUCCUGCCUUUAUUGGGGACUUGCCUCCGAAGUUUCUCCUAAGGGGUUUCCUCUCACCGUGCAGCCCAGGUGCAAUAAAUACAGUCACACCAUU